UCCUUAUGCAUUUUCUUCCAGAUCAUAUCGCAAUUGUUUGUGUUGGCGAAGCUGAAUUUUUAAAACAAUACGUUAUAAUUUAACAGUGACGCGAUGUCAUUAGAAGUAGAAAAUGAUUUAAUACGAGUAAAUAAUCAAUUAUGUGAUUUUUCUAAGGAUGGAAGAUUUUUUGCAACUGCAUAUCAAACAAAUUUAACAAUAAAAGGUUACAAGAAAUUUGACACUAUUCAUUCAUUCGUAUUUCCAGAUAUAAUCGAGUAUUUGGAGUGGUCUAGAAAUACUGAAUACAUACUAUGUGCAAAUAUAAAGAAAGCUAUUAUUCAAGUAUAUUCUAUUCGUUAUCCUGAAUGGAAAUAUAAAUUGAUUGAAGGCAGUGCUGGUUUAGAAAGUGUUAGUUGGUCUCCUGAUAGUAAAUACAUUUUGACGUUGUCAGAUUUUAAUAUUCAGAUAUCUGUGUGGUCUCUGGACGAUCAAAGUGUAACUCAUAUACAAAAUAUGAAAUCUUCUUUCCAUAAAUUAUAUUUUAGUCCAGAUGGUAAUAAACUAGCAGUGGUAGUUUCAAUUGAGGGUAAUGACAAUAUAGAAAUUUAUAAAACUGACACAUGGAAACUAAGCAAGAAAUUAAUAUGUGGUCGUUUAAGUAGCAUUGAUGGAUUAUGCUGGUCUCCAAAUAGCGAAUUAUUAUGUAUUUGGUCUUCCUUUAGCGACGAAGCAAAAUUAAUUAUUUAUUCGAGUAUAUUCGAAAGAGAUAUCGCAGUAUUCUCUCCUACACAAACUGUAAAUUUAUCUCAAGUGGAAUGUGCAAAUUAUACGUGUUUAAAAGGAAUCGAAAAUGUAACGUGGAUGCCCAGUGGACAGUUAUUAGCUGUAAUAGGAUUUAAUGAAAUGAUCUUACUGUUAAAUCACGUGACAUGGAAACCACUUUUGCAAUUAUAUCUUGAACCCGUAAUUCAAGAAAAUUAUUUGAAUAAGGUAUAUGAAGAACGUAUAAUUCAACCAAAAUUUUCGAAUAAAAAUACAAGAUAUUACGAUAGACACGUUUUGGAAGAGAAAUCGGAACGACCAGUAAAUAUAAAAAUAGGAAGGAAAAAUAUUAUUGAGAGAUUGUCAAUUGCAAAAUUUGAUAUUUUAAAAUUUAGUUUUUGCGGGCAAUACUUGGCCGUGAAACAUCAACUUUAUCCUACAACAUUGUGGAUAUGGAAUAUUAUUGAUGAUUAUCUUGAUUAUUUACUUCUUGAAAAUACUAUCGUAGCUGCAAGAUGGAAUCCUACACGCGCUCACCUUUUAAUAUUUUGCGAGUGUGCGUAUAUAUUUGAAUGGACACCACAUAAUGCGAGUUGUAUAUCAAUUUCACGAAAUAUUACGGUAUUAGAUGCACGAUGGCAUCCUGGGGGAAAUUCCUUGUUGCUUUGUGGUUAUAAUAAGGCGAUUAUUUAUCAAAUUGAAAAUAAAUGAUGAACUAUUCGAAUAACAUUCGAAUAUAAUAAAUAAACGCAUAUUUAUCUUUUUA